CCUCAUCUUGUGAGCACCAGACUGAGCAGAGCCUAUCCUCAAGCUUCCAGAAGCAGAGAAAGAACAAAAGCAUUGCAAUCUGUCUCGGGUUGCCUCUAGGCUCAGAGAGGCUGGAUCUUCCCAAAGGAUAUCCAGUGUAGUGUAAGCUGCAGAUACCCUCGCAGCUGGAUACGCCUUUCGUCAUGGAAAGAAGGCUCGUGAAGAAAGAAAUGAAAAAGCUCCUGGGAGAUUAUAUUGGCAUCAGACUUCGGGAAAAUGAAUUUGACCCCAAAGGAAGACGGCAACUCACCUUUCUAGAUGAUAUGGCUCACUAUGACUUGGCCAUCAGCGUUGCUUUGCAAUGGCUGGAUCACUCGGAAGACUUAACGUGGCUGGAGUGGGAGGAAGCGAAAAUGCCACUCCGUGGCAGACCCACGUAUCCAAACCGCAGAGAACGAGAAGCUAUGAUUUUAUCAUCUUACGCUGGAAUCUUAAUGAACAGUAUCCCAAUUGAGGAAGUCUUUAAAAUUUAUGGGGCUGAUUCUUCUGCAAAUUCUGGUUCUACCAAGGUUCCCCAAGUUUCAUCUCUCCGCCUCUCCUUGCACCCUUUUGCCAUGUUAACAGCGCCCAAAGCAGCAGAGUACGCCCGCAAACACAGUGUCAAGUCAAGAAAGGGAGCAACAAAUAAAAAUGCCACCAGCAGCUCUACAAAGGAAGCAAAGGCCACGGAAUGGAAGUCAUCAAAAAGGUUUUCAGGCACACAGCCAAAGAACAAAGUCACUUAGAAACUUGGAAUUGCACCAUGGAACUUCAUGAUAGAGUCUCUGGGAGCAGACAAGAAACGUCAUCUUAAAACUGCAGCUCUUGCCAGCACGUUUUUCUUUACAAUUAGCUUUUGAUGCAAACUGCACUGAAGUGUUAUUUCUGAUGUUGAGCUUUCUUCUCUUAGAAGCAUACUGCACAGCUACCUUUUGGUUAAAAAAAAAAAAAAGAUCCUAUACUACUUCAUUGUGACUGGGAGACUGUUGGAGAAAUCAGAGAGUAUACAGUAUUUCUGUGUCAAAACACGUUGGCUUUGUAGCAAAUUUUACGAAUUUGUAGCAUUGAAUAUUGCACAGUGAUGAAGUAGGAGGCAGUUUUCCAAAGAUUUAAUCUGAAAUAAAAUGAAUCUGUCAUUGAUUGCCUUUACUAUGUUCUCAUAUGAAAAAAAAAUUUUAAAUCAUUUCAAUAAAGCAUUAAAA